AUGAUCGUCAAGGUCGUCGGCUGCGUCGUCGGCGUCGUGGGGUCACUCCUCGUGUACGGCAUCCUCCAAGAGCGCAUCAUGAGAUCGCCGUACGACGACGGCGGCGCGGAGGAGUCGUUCGCGCACUCCGUGUUCCUCGUCCUGUGCAAUCGCGUCGUCGCCGCGUCCGUCGCCGCCGCGGCGCUCGUCUGGACGCGCGGCGCGGUGCGACCGGUCGCGCCCGCGCCCGCGUACGCCAUCGUGAGCGCGUCCAACGUGGUGGCGACGACGUGCCAGUACGAAGCGCUGAAGUACGUCUCGUUCCCAGCGCAGACGAUGGCGAAGAGCGCGAAGAUUUUACCCGCGUUGGCGUGGGGGGUCGCCGUCAACGGCAGAUCGUACGGCGCGAAGGACUAUCUCGUCGCGCUCGGCGUCGCGCUCGGCUGCGCCGCGUUCGCGACGACGGGAGAAGAGUCUGAGUCCUCGAGGAACGGCGCGCGCGGCGCGACGUCGGGGGUCGCCGCGUGGGGCCCGGCGUACGGCGUCGCGCUGAUGCUCGCGUACCUCGCCGUGGACGGGUUCACGAGCGCGCUUCAAGACGAGCUGUUUCGAGGGCGGUACCGCACGGAGAACGUGUACAACCAGAUGCUGUGGGUCAACGCGUUCAGCGCCGCGGGCGCGUGCGCGUGGAUGACGCUGUGGGACGCGUCCAUGGGCGCCGCGAUCGGGUUCGUCCGUCGGCACCCCGCCGCGUUCGCGGACUGCGUCGCGCUGUCGCUCGCGAGCACGUGCGGACAGCUGUGCAUCCUGUACACGAUACGCGAAUUCGGCGCGGUGCUGUUCGCGACGAUAAUGACGACGCGCCAGGUUUUGUCCAUCCUGCUGUCGAACGCGAUCUACGCGCGCGCGAUGACGUCGCGGCGGUGGCUCGGCGCCGCGCUCGUGUUCGCGUCUCUUCAGUCGAAAGCGCUCGACUUUAGCGGGGGCGGGGGCGGGGGCGGGGGCGGGGCUCGAUCGAAGAGCGCCGCGACGAAGUCCUCGAGCGCGUCGACGCCUCGACGGAGCGCUCGCACGGCGGCGCGGCGGAGGGCGACGCAUACGUAG